CUUAAGGCAAUCUAUAGCCUGAUAUUUAUCAGUCAUAUCAGCCAACUCUAUCUCUCACUCUCUUUUUUUUCAGUUCAUCUUAUUUUCCAUCUUCUCACUCGAGUCACUCAUUACUCUCUUCAAAAAUGCCUUCUCUUCUCAAACUUUCCUUCCUCGCGGCCCUCUUCAGCAGCGCUAUCGCAGAAAUCCCCGCCAAAGAUGGUUACAAACUCCACUGGGGCGACGAUUUCAACGGCGUAGGUGUCGACCAUAAAGAAUGGCAUCACGAAAGCAACGCCGGUGCUCACACCAACAAUGAGCUUCAAGAAUACAUAGACUCGACAUCGACCGCUUUUACCUCUGAUGGAAGUCUCAAGAUCCAACCUAAGAAAUCAAGUGAUGGGAAAUGGACCUCCGCUCGAAUUGCCACUUGGAGAACUUUCACUUGUGAGAAGGAUCAUAAGAUGGCUAUCGAGGCAGAGAUCAAGCUUAGUGCUGCUGCGAACCAACAGGGUAUCUGUGAGUACCGAGUUCUAUAAGCGAAUCCUCUCAUUAUUGAGGACAAGGAGUUGAAAGAUUCUUGCCGUUUUAAUGAUGGUCUUGCAUACUUUCACUCUCGCUACUAUUGAGACUCUUUUGACGUAGUAAACUAACUUGGGGAAUAUAGGGCCUGCAUUCUGGACUCUUGGUAGCUCGAUUUAUGGAGGGAAACCAUGGCCUAGGUGUGGCGAGUGGGAGUAAGUAACAUCCUUCUAUAUGCUUCACGAAUUCUAGUCGCUCUACCCCAUCCGAUGACAACUACUCGAAAAUGUUUCAAUACUAACAAACAACAGCAUUAUGGAAACCAGAAACGGCCUAGCCCAAAACUGGGCCACCAUCCACUACGGCAAAGACGGAAUCCACAAAAGCAUCGGCAACGAAGCCAACCCAGAGCCACUCGAUCGCUCCAAAUUCCACAAAUACACCCUUGAAGUCAACCGACAACCAGACGAUUGGCAACAACAGACCCUGAAAUGGUUUAUCGAUGGCAAGAACUAUAAAACCAUCAAAGGCUCCGAUGUUGGGGACUCUGAAAACUGGGUUGCGCUUGCGCAGUCGCCUGUCUAUGCAUUGUUCAAUGUGGCUAUUGGUGGUGAUUUUGGGGGCAACCCUAAUGCCCAGACAGUAUCAGGUGAUAAGGCGGGGAUGGAGGUCAAUUACUUUGGUGUUUAUUAUGGGACUCAGGCCGCUUAGAUUUGACGUGAAGUUGUUGUUGUAUGUUGUAUUUGAAGGGAAGUGGUGAAGAAAUAGUGCGGCGUUAUAUUCUUGGACAUAGAUAUUUUAGAAUUUACUUGAGAAAUGCGGAGAGGAAGGCCAAAGGCUU